AUGGAGACGUUGAGCUACCUGGAAGUGUCUGAGCUCGACGAAGCGAACCUUAUACAGCAUCACAAGCAACCGGCUUCUCCGCAUCAGCCGAGUAGCAGUAUUUCGCCAGGGUCAUACCCGCCUCACACCCUAGGAAACGGCAUUCUUCAUCAGCCGCAUCAAUACGGGCCACCCUCGCAAGAGCCACAGUAUUACUCGUCUCAUUCUUCCUACAGUACGGCAAGCACGUCAGGUCAAUACCCCUCAAGUGGACCCCCUGAAAUGAUGGCGACAACAACACAGAUGCAGAGGCCUUAUCCUCCGAUUUAUCAUACACCACAAUCCAGUUCCCCUGCAUCGGUAGCCUCUCAAUCGCACGAACACAGCAGAAGUCUUUAUACCCAAUCUCCCCAAGUACCGCAUCAGAUGUAUCCGUACCAGUCUUAUCAGCCCAUCAACCCGGUCCAGCCUUCACCCUACACAGCGCAUACGUCUCCACAGCACCCGAUUACAUCGCAGUCGUUGAUGCUGCCUCACCAGACAAGCAGUGCGCAAAUCCCGCACCAGUCUGCUCAGGCACCAACGAGCGCCAUGACCAGUCCGAGUACGACUACCACACAGCAGCACACCCCUCCGCAAAGGGCAGUUCUGAACCCACCGAUUCCUGCGUCAACCGGAGCUCCCCUUUCUGCCAGCAACGUUCAUCAUCAGAAUUCGGCCGUCGGAGCAAGUUCCAGUGCCGCACCGGGCCCGAUUCCAGCAACAACCCCUCUCGUUGUACGGCAGGAUAGCAAUGGAGUCCAGUGGAUUGCCUUCGAGUACUCUCGUGAUCGCGUCAAAAUGGAGUAUACCAUCCGUUGUGAUGUUGAGUCUGUUAACGUGGAUAACCUUAGCCAAGAAUUCAAGACCGAAAACUGCGUCUACCCUCGGGCCUGUUGCAGCAAAGAUCAGUAUAGAGGCAACCGUUUAGUUUAUGAGACGGAGUGCAAUGCUGUCGGCUGGGCCCUGGCAGAGCUCAAUCCCGCCCUCAGAGGCAAACGCGGGCUGAUUCAACGCGCCGUUGAUAGUUGGCGAAACAGCAACCAAGACCCAAGGCUUCGAAGCAGACGCGUGAGAAGAAUGGCCAAGAUCAACAGACGGCAGGGCAUGCCACCACCUCAACCGAGCCAUAUGGCCACCGGACCGCCCGUUGGCCCCGGAAUCCCCGGGCCUAGUAUGGCAGCACCGGCCCCUCGCCCUCCUCCACUGGGACCCUUAGCUAUGGGGCCCCCGCAACUACACCAUCAUCACGCACAGCCCGAGGGCCCUCCAGGCAGUGAGGAAGUUAGCGGCACCACUGACUUCACGAACGGUGCCAAUCGCCCAGGUCCGGAAGUCCAUUCGUCUGCGGGACCAACACCAACCGACAUCCGCGGCGCGCAGGUGUUCCACGGCUACCCUGCAUUCCCCCCUCCUGCAGAUAUUUCUGGAAGCUCCAGAGGCCCAUCGAUACCGCCCCUCAUUCGAGACAACGGAAUAGCAACCCUCGGACGGCAUCCAACGAUCGCAACCUCAACAAGCAAGCUGGAAGAAGACGAGGAUGAUGAGGACCAUGACCCCAGCAGCGACGCACUCUUUGGGACGUUCCCCGAGGGCAAGCGUCGCAAAUUCAUACUGGUGGACGAUACUCAACGAGGCUGUCGCGUUCGGGUUAAGGUUAUGCUCGAUCAAGUAGACAUGGAUGAGAUCCCCGAUUCUUAUCGGAACUCCAAUGCAGUCUACCCGCGAACCUACUUCCCUGUGCAGAUGAAGAACCCUCCGGGCCGCGUGGUACCGGGGAGGCGAUACAUUAAGGACGAUGCCGACGCCGAAGACGACGAGGACAGCGCGACCGUGGGACGGAUCCUCGUGCCAACACCCCAGAUUGACGGAGAAAGCGACAUUGCCGUGCCCAAGCUAUCCCGAAGUCGGCGCCAGAAAGAAGUGUUGCUGAAUGACUUGGGUUAUCGCAUGAGCUGGAGCCAAAGUCGGGUGUUUGCGGGGAGGAUGCUAUUCCUCCAGCGAUCUCUUGACGCGUAUCGAAAUAAAAUGCGCAGCACGAUGCUGGCGACGGGACAGGAACAAUCGUCCAUCCCGCAACACUUCGAGACACGAGCCGGGAAACGACGAUUCCUGGAGCGGCCAAGACGGGCGGCAGCUGUUUCGGGGCGGGGCGGCGGGGCGCAUCGGCUCUCUGCAUCGCAGCGUAGCGUCGAAGAAGUUGAAGCUUGA